CCCCUACAACAUGAGCCCCCAACCUCCCUCUUCUCCUUCACUUCUUCUUCCCAAAUCUGAACCUCCAUGGCUCCAUUCCUCUACCUCUAACCUCCUUGUCCUUCUAAUCUAUCACGCUGCCUCACCUCCUCCUUUUCCCCACUGUGUCGCGCUCACUGCCAGCCUCAUCUUCUCCCAGCCGCACGCGAUUCGCCGGCGUCGAUGCAUCACCUCCUCCUUGCUGCGUCGUCGUUCGCCUAGCUUCGCGGUUGUUCUCUGCGCUUGCUAGUCGCACUUCGCCGUAGCUUGUCACUUUGCUUAUUUAGUUUCAGAGAUGAAACAUGCGGCCGAGGCUGCACCGGAGGAAAACUGCUCUGCCAAGCCAGCCUCCAAGGGGGAGGGUCUCCGCCAGUACUACUCUGUCCACAUCCAUGAGCUACAGCUCUUUCUCCGCCAGAAAACGCACAAUCUCAACCGUCUCGAGGCUCAGCGCAACGAGCUCAAUUCUAGAGUGAGGAUGCUCAGGGAGGAGUUGCAGCUUCUCCAGGAGCCCGGAUCAUAUGUAGGGGAAGUUGUGAAAGUUAUGGGAAAGAACAAAGUCUUAGUCAAGGUUCAUCCAGAAGGGAAAUAUGUGGUGGACAUUGAUAAAGAUGUUAACAUUACAAAGAUUACUCAAUCGACAAGAGUAGCUCUUCGUAAUGAUAGUUAUGUCCUUCAUUUAAUUCUACCGAGCAAAGUUGAUCCAUUGGUCAAUCUGAUGAAAGUUGAGAAAGUUCCGGAUUCUACUUAUGACAUGAUUGGUGGCUUAGACCAGCAAAUCAAGGAGAUUAAAGAGGUCAUUGAGCUACCAAUUAAACAUCCUGAACUGUUUGAAAGUCUUGGAAUAGCUCAACCUAAGGGUGUUCUACUCUAUGGGCCACCUGGUACUGGAAAAACGUUGUUGGCUAGGGCAGUGGCACAUCAUACUGACUGUACCUUCAUCAGGGUAUCUGGGUCUGAAUUAGUUCAGAAAUACAUUGGAGAAGGUUCCAGAAUGGUCAGGGAACUUUUUGUCAUGGCCAGGGAGCAUGCUCCAUCAAUUAUCUUCAUGGACGAAAUUGACAGUAUUGGAUCUGCUCGAAUGGAAUCUGGAAGUGGCAAUGGUGAUAGUGAGGUGCAGCGCACUAUGCUGGAACUUCUCAACCAGCUAGAUGGAUUUGAAGCUUCAAAUAAAAUCAAGGUUUUGAUGGCCACAAACCGGAUUGAUAUCCUGGAUCAAGCCCUCCUUAGACCUGGACGAAUUGACAGGAAGAUUGAAUUUCCAAACCCAAAUGAGGAGUCUCGGCUAGAUAUUUUGAAAAUUCAUUCAAGAAGAAUGAACUUAAUGCGUGGCAUUGAUUUGAAGAAGAUCGCUGAGAAGAUGAAUGGAGCAUCUGGUGCAGAGCUUAAGGCCGUGUGUACAGAAGCUGGAAUGUUUGCUUUGAGGGAGAGGAGAGUACAUGUGACACAGGAGGACUUUGAGAUGGCUGUGGCCAAGGUUAUGAAAAAGGAAACAGAGAAGAACAUGUCAUUGCGGAAGUUGUGGAAGUGAUUUUUCUUUCAUGUUUCUAGUAUGGUAUCCAGAGGCAACAGUCUUGAAUAAUCAACAUGUCUAUCAUACUCUCAAUUCAUCGGUGAAAAAAAAGUUCUACUAUCAAUUUCUGAAAAACUCACUGACAAUAAUUUCACUACAUGGCAUCAUCUUGUGAUUCUCAUCAUUUAGAGCCUCAACCUCAAAGAUCGUCAAUCAGCUGCCGAAAUUCCAGAAUAAUUCGAGGAAAAUGCAGCAAAGAAAACAAAAUCUGAAACCACCACCUAGAAAGAAAGGUGACUAGAUGGUCUAACUUCGACUACUUGGCUGGUUGCAUUUAUUUCAAAUUCUCUCAAGAACAAGAGUAUUCACUGAACUAGAUUUCAUGAGGUAUGUCACAUUCUAAAUGACUAUUUCUCAGAAUCAUCAGCUACUCGCAUUCAAAGCCUAAAAUCAUAGUUGAAAUUUGUGAAAAAGACUGGUUCAGUCAAAGAAUACUUGUCUAAGAUUCAAGGUUAGUUGAUUCUUUGUUUGCAAUUGGUUAUAAAACCCAAGAAGAAUAUCACAUUGCUACAAUCUUGGAUGAUCUAUCAGAAGAAUAUAUCAUAUUCAUCACUUCAGUGAUAUCUCGCUUAGGGACUUUCAAGGUUGCAGAGGCAGAAUCACUUUUCGUUGCCUAUGAUGACAUGUUAAAGUGAUUUAAGAUACCUCAAAGAGGACUUCCUAUGGCUAAUCUGCCACAACUACCUACUGCUUAUGACUUUCAAGGUGAGUGUGGCAUGAUGACAGAAGAGCUAGAGGUUGUAGGUAGAAUAGAGGUGGCAGAAGGAGCUUCUUCAACACUUGUCCACAGUGUCAGCUGUGUGGUCGCCAAGGCCAUGUGGUUCGGAACUGUUAGAUAUUUUAGUAAAGUUUGUUAGUAGUCUUCACUCACUGAUUUAGCUUUAAUGACUUUAGAUAAGAGUUUCUCACUAUUUUCAGAGGAGGCAAGAUUUCGAAAUUCAUCCUCGGUUGAUGACUUACUUAUA